AUGACGGCCUCACACCUGGACUUUGGGGAAGUGGAAACUUUCCUGGACAGACACCCAGAGUUAUUUGAAGAUUACCUGAUGCGGAAGGGGAAGCAGGAGAUGGUGGAGAAGUGGCUGCAGAGACACAGUGAGAGUCAGGGGGCUGUAGGCCCGAGGCCCGCAGUGGCCAGCACCAACAGCUUGGCUCACAGCGGUGGCAGACGCAGCGGCAGUGUUGGUGGUGGCCCUGGACCAAAUAGCUCUGCCAACAGCCAGCCCACUCUGGGCGGUGGGGACUGUGGUGGGGUUCCCCUGAGUCCCAGCUGGGCCAGUGGCAGCGGGGGCGACGGGAGCCUGCAACGGAGAGCUUCUCAGAAAGAGCUAAGGAAGAGUUUUGCUCGCUCCAAGGCCAUCCACGUGAACAGGACCUACGAUGAACAGGUGACCUCCCGGGCCCAGGAGCCCCUGAGCAGUGUGCGGCGGAGGGCACUUCUCCGGAAGGCCAGCUCCCUGCCCCCCACCACAGCCCACAUUCUCAGUGCCCUGCUGGAAUCCAGGGUGAAUCUGCCUCAGUACCCCCCUACGGCCAUGGACUACAAGUGCCACCUCAAAAAGCAUAAUGAGCGUCAGUUCUUCCUGGAACUGGUCAAGGAUAUCUCCAAUGACCUUGACCUUACCAGCCUGAGCUACAAGAUUCUCAUCUUUGUCUGCCUCAUGGUGGACGCUGACCGCUGCUCUCUCUUCCUGGUGGAAGGGGCAGCUGCUGGCAAGAAGAGCUUGGUCUCCAAAUUCUUUGAUGUGCAUGCAGGAACCCCACUGCUGCCCUGCAGCAGCACAGAGAACUCAAACGAAGUGCAGGUCCCCUGGGGCAAAGGCAUUAUUGGCUAUGUCGGGGAGCAUGGAGAAACGGUCAACAUUCCUGAUGCCUACCAGGAUCGAAGAUUCAAUGAUGAAAUUGAUAAACUAACUGGAUACAAGACAAAAUCACUCUUGUGCAUGCCUAUCCGAAGCAGUGAUGGUGAGAUUAUUGGUGUGGCCCAGGCGAUAAAUAAGAUUCCUGAAGGUGCUCCAUUUACAGAAGAUGAUGAAAAAGUUAUGCAGAUGUAUCUUCCAUUUUGUGGAAUUGCCAUAUCUAAUGCUCAGCUAUUUGCUGCCUCAAGGAAAGAGUAUGAAAGAAGCAGGGCUUUGCUAGAGGUUGUUAAUGACCUAUUUGAAGAACAGACUGACCUGGAGAAAAUUGUCAAGAAAAUAAUGCAUCGGGCCCAAACUCUGUUGAAAUGUGAACGCUGUUCUGUUUUACUCCUGGAGGACAUUGAAUCACCAGUGGUGAAGUUUACCAAAUCCUUUGAACUGAUGUCCCCAAAGUGCAGCGCUGAUGCUGAGAACAGUUUCAAAGAGAGCAUGGAGAAAUCCUCAUAUUCCGACUGGCUUAUAAAUAAUAGUGUUGCCGAGCUAGUGGCUUCCACAGGCCUCCCGGUGAACAUCAGCGAUGCCUACCAGGAUCCUCGCUUUGAUGCCGAGGCUGACCAGAUAUCUGGUUUUCACAUAAGAUCUGUUCUCUGUGUCCCUAUUUGGAAUAGCAACCACCAAAUAAUUGGAGUGGCUCAGGUGUUAAAUAGACUUGAUGGGAAAGCUUUUGAUGACGCAGAUCAACGACUUUUUGAGGCUUUUGUCAUCUUCUGUGGCCUUGGCAUCAACAACACAAUUAUGUACGAUCAAGUGAAGAAGUCCUGGGCCAAACAGUCUGUGGCUCUUGAUGUGCUGUCAUACCAUGCAACAUGUUCAAAAGCUGAAGUUGACAAGUUUAAGGCAGCCAACAUCCCUCUGGUGUCAGAACUUGCCAUCGAUGACAUACAUUUUGAUGACUUUUCUCUUGAUGUUGACGCCAUGAUCACAGCUGCCCUGCGGAUGUUCAUGGAGCUGGGGAUGGUACAGAAAUUUAAAAUUGACUAUGAGACACUGUGUAGGUGGCUCUUGACAGUGAGGAAAAAUUAUCGAAUGGUUCUGUACCACAACUGGAGACACGCCUUCAAUGUGUGCCAGCUGAUGUUUGCAAUGUUAACAACCGCAGGGUUUCAAGAGAUUCUGACCGAGGUGGAAAUUUUAGCAGUGAUUGUGGGAUGCCUGUGUCAUGACCUCGACCACAGGGGAACCAACAAUGCCUUCCAAGCUAAGAGCGGCUCUGCCCUGGCCCAACUGUAUGGAACUUCUGCUACCCUGGAGCAUCACCAUUUUAACCAUGCUGUGAUGAUCCUUCAAAGUGAGGGUCACAACAUCUUUGCUAAUUUGUCCUCCAAGGAAUAUAGUGACCUUAUGCAGCUUUUGAAGCAGUCAAUAUUAGCAACAGACCUCACGCUGUACUUUGAGAGGAGAACUGAAUUCUUUGAACUUGUCAGUAAAGGAGAAUAUGAUUGGAACAUCAAAAACCAUCGUGAUAUAUUUCGAUCAAUGUUAAUGACAGCCUGUGACCUUGGAGCCGUGACCAAACCAUGGGAGAUCUCGAGACAGGCAAAAUAUACUCAUCCUGUCCCCAAGGGAGAUGACCCAAAUGUCCCAAGAGUCAUGGUAUCAAGCUCAAGUCCAGGAUCUCUGGGUGAUCUAUGCCAGUCUCCACAUCAGGUGGCUGAACUUGUAACCAGUGAGUUCUUUGAACAAGGAGAUCGGGAGAGAUCAGAACUCAAACUCACUCCUUCAGCUAUCUUUGACCGGAACCGGAAAGAUGAACUGCCUCGGUUACAAUUGGAGUGGAUUGAUAGCAUCUGUAUGCCUUUGUAUCAGGCAUUGGUGAAGGUCAACGUGAAACUGAAGCCCAUGCUGGACUCGGUGGCAGCGAACAGAAGUAAGUGGGAAGAGCUGCACCAGAAAAGGCUGCUGGUGCCGGCCACCUCACCCUCGUCUGCCAGCCUCAUGGCUGCUGGGGAAGACAGAAACUAA